CCUUCGCUAGAAGAGGCCCGACAGGCCGUAGUCGAUGGCAAGGCGUGGGCGGCCCUACACUUCUCGCACAACUAUUCCUAUGCCUUAAAUCAGAGAAGAGUUUUGGCCGGACUCGCGGACAACGACACGAUCGAGUCGUCAAACAUAAAGCUCUACUUAGAUAUGUCUAACCAAGUGAUCGGGUUUGUGCUGUUGCGCUCAUUUUUCCUGGCCUUCCAGACGUUCGCACAGGACUACCUGUCCCUUCUGGGCUACAAUCCGGCGACAGUCACGCUUCCCAUAACCAUCGAGAAAGUCAUUUACGGCAAUCUUCACCCGUCGAUGACUGAGUUCAUGGCGCCGGGAGUUAUCAUUUUGAUCGCCUAUUACGCGACCACUGCUCUGACGGCCCUAUCGUUGGUGUUGGAGCGGAAGGACGGACUCCUGGAGCGGUCACUCGUGGCGGGCGUGAACUCCAUUGAAUUCCUGGCCUCACAUAUAAUGACACAGACAUUAGUGCUGACAAUUCAGGAGAUAUUUAUGUUAAUCACUACUUUCUGGAUCUUUGGUGUCCCGUCACAGGGCCCUAUGAUUUGGGUCUUCUCACUCACAUUCUUCCAGGGUAUG